CCCCCCUUUCGAACCACGAAAACCGCCAUCGAGUAUACUGCGCACAAGCCUUUGGACGCACGCACGCACGCACGCGCGCAUGCGGAAACGGAAACGGCCAUGACAAGCUUAAAAAUACACGAGGGACGAGGGAUAAGUGGCCAGUCAAGACAGCUCAACCCUUUCCACACGCGGCACGCCGGAGCUGAUACUGUCGAUAAGCUUCCGAGCAUGACUGGCGAGGAGGACUUCUGGUCGGGGCAGAGAUCGAUGCUCGCGACGGCUCACGUCACAGAUGCCGUAGGACAGCCCGUGCCAGGUAUGGAUGGGGCUGACAACCAAAGCAUAAAUGGACGCGCCUUUCCGGAAGGGUUGGCUAAAAAAGCCAGGGACCUUUGCUUAAGCUCGACGGGUCGGAGCAACAGCCCGACGGAGCACAUGCAGCCGUCAUCCAACGUCGAUAUUAUCAACCAAAAAAAAAGAGAAAAAAAAAAAGCCCAGGACCUGAGGAAGGAAAUCGUAUGGUAUGGUGUCAUCCUCUCGGUGCCGACGAUGCGAACGCAACCAUCCGACCCUGCAAGUGCUGCGUACUACUCCGUAUGUAGACUCCAAACCAGGGAUCGGUAAAUACGCCGUCGGUUGGCUCACCCGGCCCAUCGAGGAGACGACCGAUCUAACCGCCGAAAUCCACCCCGGUCUAUAGUGGGAUUUCUUUUUCUUUCUUUUUCUUUUUUUAUUGUUUCCUUCCCCCUCCCCCUUCUUCUUCUUCUUCUUAUCCCGCCCCCUUCCUCCCUGGUCCGUACCGACGCCCCUCCCCGCAGUUCACUCGGACACCUUUGGGAUCUGCGAUCGGCUGUCUUCCCUCCCUCCCUUUGAGACGCCAAGUCGACGUUGAAAUCGACUCUGGGAUCAUCCCUCCGCGAUGCUCUUCGUCCUUCGGCUCACCGGGAGGCGGCGGCCUGGUUUCCACGUGCUCGAUGGCCUCUGUAACAAGAAAAAGCAACCAGUCAAGGUCUGGAUACUAGACUAGAAGCGGUAUGCCCCCUUCUCCUUUGUGUCAUGGGAGGAAAGGGAGGGGGUAAGGUAGGAGACAGAGAGAGGGGGGGGGGGCGGCGGAAGGGG